AUGCAGUCCCUCACAGAGCGUGACAUCGGCCUUGUGGAGAAGCUGUUCAAUAUUAUCCGCACCCUGCUCGAGCACGACAGGGUACACAGGCGCCAUGAUCGCUCUGCAGCCGGGAUGGCGGCCGCCUCUAGUGAGUCUGCGUUGGAAACGAUGGUGGCCCCAUCGGCCGUGCUCCGCGAGCACCAAAGCCAGCAAGGAGCUAGCGGCGCUGCCGCACCGCUGCCGGUAGCCAGUGCUGUCGGUGCGAGCACCGGCAUGUCAGAGAAGCGGAUGUGGACAGAGCUCGCCUUUCUAAUGAGUCGUGUCGUCAUCGCACAGAAGCUGUUCCUCAUGUCGUACGUCACAAGUGACCCAGUCUGGAUGUUGACGGAGCUGGCCCGCAUGCUUCUGGUCUUCUUGCGUGAGAACUUCGCCGCCGUCGCAGGGAGCGGGAAGGAGGCCCGGAUGCGCCACGUCGCUCUGCUCGCGCAGGAUCGCCUGAUCUUCCUUCUGCGAGUCUUCUGCUCUCUCAAGAACUGCACUGCUAUGCUUGGCGACACGGGCGGCUGCGACAAUGCCGGUGCGGCGCUGAAGGUGUACGAUGCAGUCUGCGACCAGGUCGUCUCUGGCCAACAUUUAGCCUGGAUGUCGCAGAUCUACGUUUGGUUCUGUGACGAGGCAGCGCGGCAAGCCCUCAGCGGAGGUGCGAUCCCCAGCGCCUAUGUUUACGCCACUCACGGCGCAUUGCGUUGCAUUUUGGGCUGCUGCACUGAUCACGAGGGGUGCGCCAAGGCGUUUCUUUACUCGGAGCCGGUGGCAUGUGUCGCGUACAUGUUCUACGGACUCAAACUGCGCAUCUCAGUAGGCGAUCUUCUACGGCCGUACGAGGACGAGCACCCCAUCGUGGAGAACGUCAAAGGCACGGCCGCUGACGCUUCUGCGCGGCAGACAAGUGCAACGAUCACAAUCUGCAAUAACAGCAGCGCCGACACCUCUCUCGGAGUCACCACCUAUGAUGAGCUGGACGGAACCGUGAUGCUUGCGGGCCCCAUCCCACAGCGGCCACCUGGCGCAGGCGAACUCAAAACACGCUACUUCACCACACUCACGGCUUCGUUCACUCGGCAGCAGCAGCUGCAGCAGCAAAUUCCGAGAGUGGGCACAGGCGACUCUGCAAGCAGCGCCACUGUGGCCUCGUUGCUGCGCACCACGAACUCUUCUACCGCAGCUAACAGCGUGAGCACGUCGUGGGCGUUUGAUCUGCCAGAGCUGUCACGGCCACAGCUGAAGACGCUUCUGCUUGGUGGGCGUGAGAACGCCUUUGACUCGCUUCUCUUCGCCGCCCUUGACGUCGUGAUCGAGGUUAUGCGCAUGACACGCGACUACGGGCACUGGAUGGUGCUCUCCACCGUCAGCAAUCUGCUGUUUCUCAGCAAGAAAAGCAUCGAGGUCCGCGACGCGGCAGCGGCAUUAGCGUUGGGGUCGAGCUCCGCGAGCGCCUCGAAAGUGACGCCACCGCUGUCGCAGGUAGUGGCAAUGUAUGAAAACAUCGUGGUGCUGUUCCAGCUGCUGUUCUCACUGAUGGAAGGGAUCGGCUUUGAAAAGCCGGCGCGAUCCUUGUCGAGCGCUUCUUUCGCGCCUGCGACUUCGAUUCACAGUGGGACUGUGAAAGAGGUGAAGAAAGUGGACGGGAAGGGCACGCCACCGCCUCCAGGCUCAUUCUUUGUGAGCGGCGGACCGUCGCCGGCCACGCAGCCCCGCGAAGCACGCAUUUCUACGACAGGUAUGGGUGAGGUAGGCCAGUUUCCGACCACGGCGACGGUGGAAAACAGCGGCAAGGUCGGCGCAGUGGACACUGCGCAGGUGCGGGAGUCCAUGGCACAACAGAUAGUGCACAUGGUUCUGCAGACCGACGUGCGCGCGGUGUUCGCGGCGACAGAGCGUGUGCUGGAGUGCGACCGGACGUUUUUUCGUGUAUUGCACUCCUUCUGUAUGCUUGAUGCGCGAUCGGCUGAGCAAGCAAUACCCGGGAAAAGGCACCGCAACCGCAGCUCUGGUGCUGCCGCGACUGGCGGUAGUCGAAUGCGCAAUCUCAGCGCACCCAAGGCGGGGGACACGACCUCGCUUUACCGAGGCAUUGGUGCUGACAACGUGGGGAACACACUCCACAACCCACUCUUAUCCCUGACUGGUGCUGCAGCGACAGGUGAGUGCACCUGCGAGGGUGCGAGUGGGUGUGAGCCAGUGUUCGACGCCGGCUACAGAUUCUUCUUCACCUCAAGCUUUGGAGACCUGCGGAACAUCGCAAACGACGUGGGCUGCAGCAAAACGCUUGAUGGCGGCCUGGCCGAGAACGCCGGCAGCUGCAGCUCCCCUCGUAUCGGUAUGGGGACCUUCAGCGUCCGCGGGAGCGGGGUUGGCGACCCCAGCACCAUUGCCCCAUCCUGUACGGAGCCGCUUCUUGGCGGCGCCAUUUCGACCCAGCAGCGGCACGGCCAGCGACUCCCGAAUCUGCAGCACCAUCGGCAGAGCGAAGAUAGCGGUGGCAACAAGAAAACAGUGGCCGGUGCCGGCGGAAGCUUUGCCAAAGCCUUCUUGAAAUCCUUUUUUGGAAAUCGAAGUUCAGGCAGCGGCGCUGUCGCCCUCAAGCGAGGAGCUGCGCAUGAAGGCAGCGACGACAAUGCGGAGCGGGGCUCGUGGAGCGGCUCCUCGAGGUCCUCCGCUGGCUCAUCGUGCGCUGAAAGCAAAAUGGAGGGCAGUGGCAGCCGCAGCGACAGCGGCGCCAGCGACGACAGUGAUCUUCUCAGCAGUGCGAAAGGGCUGCUCCAGGGCAGUGUUGCUGGUUCACUACUCUUGACGCGCAGCUUUGGCGUGAGUGGCAGCCACUCUUCGGCGUGGCAACGUGGGAAAGACAGCCUCCGUGCACUGAAAGGCGGCACCCAACACCGUCAUCACCGACGCAAGUGCAAAACGAGGCCAACGUACUCGGCGUGGCGUGAUGUGCCGUCGUAUAUGGCCCUUGCGAGAGAGCUGGUUCGCAUCUUCAACCUUGUGCUGGCAGAUGCCGAGCUGAGUGUCGACGUCCGUCUCGGUGCCGGAUUGCUUCUCCCAAGCAUUGUACUGCGUGACAUCAAAGUUUUUUGCCUCUAUGAGGGCCGCGUACUCAUUCGCAGUUACUUGAACCUGCUCCUGCACGAGCUGCAUUACAACAUCAAGCUGCGCGGGGUGUCCACAAGUGUGGAAGCAGAUCGCGAAGACCUCUCGCAUGCAUACGUUAACAGCGCGCAGGAGCAACCACAGAGCGUGUCAGACAUCGAUGAGAUGACCGCGUCGGCGCCACUGCAGCGUGUGCAGGUGAGCAAUAGCAUAUGUAGCAGCAGCAGCAUGAACAGCCGUGCGCACCUAACGCAGCGGGAACUCAUCGCCUUUGCGCCGAAGGUUAUCGAGGCGCUUGAGCAGACCUUCAAAAUACUCGGUGUGAUACCGCUGACGAGCGACGUGGCCUCGCUAACGGAGCUGCCGCUCUACUUUUACUGCGCCGACGGUGUUGCCCCGCUUGGCGUCGCCCUCGAGUGCUCCUUCACACGCAUUGUUGUCCUGUGGCUCCUCGGCCUUGUUAGCGCGCAGUGUGACGAAGACAUCGACCGGCACGCAAUGGAGGUGCUGCUGCACCUCAUGAACCGCGCUGUGGCGCGGGGGUCGCUACCGAAGGACAGCAGCACGACACUUAUGCUAACUCCCUUCGGCGCCGCCACGGUGGUUCAAAGCAGCAACGCCGCUGGCGUCGGAGUGCCGGGCGCACCGAUAGUGACCGCGACGCGACUCUCUGCGGACUGGGCCAAUGCUCACCGCACGUCACGGCUUGCCGCGGCCAACAGCGCCGCUGGAGUCAUACCCCCGUCAUUGGCGACGCUGUCGACCACGAACACCACGCGCUUGGCAGCGGCAGCAACGGAACUGGGAGUGCCGACAGCCGCAGCAAGGUCUAUGUUACGUGCCGGCUCACAGCUCCAGAGCAGCGGCAUCGGUCUCAGCGCCGCCGAGAUGGACCUGUACGACUUCCCUCUCAACAGGCCCUUCUUGGGCUCGACCGAGUUCGGUGGUCUCACGACUGUAUUAGGCAUCGAUGGCGGCUUGGUGGAGUGCGGAAACACCGUCGAGGCACUCAGCUUGGUGUUUAGCGUGCUGCUGGGCCGCUCGCAAGACUUGCUCUCCCCUGCCGGGCUGGCCACAGUGCUCUCCCUCUUCACGAGCCACGACAGCAACCUCUCACGACUCGGCCGCGAGUGCAUGAUACGCUCCCUGGAGAUUCCAUCUGUGUAUCCACUGUACGCUGACGUAAUUCUGGACAGCGAUACCUUCUUACUCACACAGACGCUUUCGAUCCUAUCGACGUACUUGACCUCGGCAGCGCUGACGCCGGUGGCUCGGCGGGAGAGGCGGCUGUGGAUGCAGCGCUGCGGCUGCGUCGAUGCGGUCAUACGCGUACUCGUCCGCGUGCUUGACGCACCUCAGUCAACGCCUAACUUUAUGAAGGUGAUCCCGCACCUCUUUCGGUUCCUCUCUGCCUUCGAGUCUGGCGACUGCAAGCCGGCACAGCUGUCGAGCACGAACUUCAUCGCGAGUGUCGCGGAGCGGCUGGAGAAGUUGGAGGGCAUGGAGUACUUCAUCAUCGUCACCCAGGCGGUCCUGGACGCCUCCAUGGGCACCUACGGCAGUGUCGAUGGCGGAUACACGAGCGCAGGCGGCCCGGGAGCACACUACCCAGAGAUGCAGGUCAUCGGCAACUUCCGCGUCGCCCUCUACAACUGUGCGGCCGAGAAGCCCAUCUUCCUGGAGCUGCUUCCGUCGCUGCUGACCUUCGCCAAGGGCCACAGCGACCAGCUCUUCACAAACCUUGUCGAGGUUGUCCUCCGCAUUCUGGAGUGCACGAGCAUUGUCCGCUCCGAGCGGCUUGCCGACUUCGUUCUCCAUCAUGGGCUGUCCCAAAUGCUUCCCUUCCUGGAGCUGUCGGGACGCCACGUGGAGGAGCGACUGCCCUUCACCGGUACCGCAGCGGACCUGCAUCAAUUCUGGCAACCAAUCUUGCUGCGCGCGCCGCGGCGCAGCAGACUCCGUUUCACGUCGCACGGCGGCGUGCAGGUGAGCGUGGGGCUGUGGCCAGACACGGGAUUUACCAUUUCAGCCUGGUUCAAAUUUGACCGGCUGUACCUCACAAUUCCGUUGUUCGAGUUUCAUGGCGUCCUCCGCGAUGGCAGCGGUGCGACUGCUCCGCUGCAGGACACGAGCAUGGUCGCCUCCCUCUUUGUCUUUGGCGGGGACAGCAUGCAGCUGACGAUCAACGAUGGACGGCGCGUCACGAUCAACGAGAGCCAGGCACUGCAGAACUUCAGCCCACAGACGUGGGUGCACGUCUGCGCCGUCCUGUGCACAACGCACAUCUUGGAUGUCUACGUCAGCGGCUUCAAGGCGGGUACCACAGCGUUCCCGUACUUCGCCGCAGGUGCGGAGGUGCGCGUGAACGUCGGCUGCACGGAUGAGGUGCCCCACUACGCCACGUCGCUGGGCACUGACGCUUCGCCGCUCUUUUCGAUGGGCGACAUUGCGCUCUGGGCGCAGUCGCUGAGCCGAUCGCAGGUAGAAGCGGAGCUCGCGAGCGGUGAUGGCACUCGGGGUGCGACGAUGAGUGGUGGAUGCCCGAGCGCUUUUCCUGCCAAGAUACUGAAGGAGGGCAUCCCUCAAGAGGUGACGCUGUUGCGCCACAUGGGCGCUGGCGGCGGCGCUCCACUGUCAGGCUCCAUCGGCAGCGCGCUCAAUCUGAGCGUCGGCGGACUAGGAAUGCUGAUGAACCCGAAGUCGCAGUCCACCGCUCCCAGCGGCGUGGCUGGACUCUCGCCUGGAAGAGCCAAUAGCAUCACCGCGGGUUUGAGUAGCGACUUCAAGGGCGGCAAGGCCCCUGACUAUGGUGGCGCGUGGUCGGCCUCUGCUGCUCGAAUGGCCCGCUUUGUGCCGUUCGAGAACGAGGAUGGCAUGCUGCGGAAUGUGCUUGCCUACCCAACCGGCUUCCCGGUAAUCGCGAAGCUCGUCGGCCGCUACGCGACCCCGCCAAAAACGUGGGUGGACUACCCGCUACUGUGGGCGACCCGCGGCGGGAUUGUGCGUAUGUUGGACUGGAUGCACCUUGUCACAUCCUCGGCGCAGCUGGAAGGCCUCCUGGAGCUCAUUCUAGAGUGUGUGCAGCGCACCACGCUCGCGGUGACGCUCGACCCGCGCACGUACGUGCUCUUCGCCCAUAUCCUGACGAAUGACGUGGCCCGCUACAUGACGAAAACCGCAUGCGACCAGCUCCUCGAGCUCGCCUCCGCGCACAUCAACAUUUUCGACGAAGAACACCGGGUGGUCAUCAACCGGCUCGUCUUUGAGCACAUCCUGGGCGACGUCGGCCUCUACGCUGCGCUGCGGCUAGACACAGCGUUGCACCUUUUGCAGCGAGUCCGCCGCCUCUUUCACACGUCGCAGUGUCGCUACGCAAAGCACAACGCGCGCUUUGUGUCGCCGUAUCGCUUCAUCGAUCGACUACUGCACAGCCUCAUCGGGGUGGCCGCGCGAACAUCGUUGCUGCUGCGCCGUGCCGUGGUCCAGGUAGCCCAACAAGUCGUCGUGGCAUGUGACAUGGAGGAUGGACUGGUGCAGAUCUUCAUCUCCCUCAUUGCGUUGCUGACGCCGGAGGAGAUGACAGUGAGCAGCCGGCGCAACACCCAGGUCAAGGUCGAGCUGCCGGCAAUGGGGUCCCUGACUCGCGGAACAGAGAUUCCACUGCGCACGGCAAAUCACUUGACUACGCUGCUGCUGUCGAGCUUGGUGGAGUGCUCUUCGCAAAGCCCCUGUGUAUUGGCGUUGUCGCGCACGAUCGACCUGCCGUGGUACGCGGUGUGCACGUCGCGCUUUGCCGACCCGGCGGCGGUGGUGUACGCGACGCGCAUCUUCUUCGCGGCCGUCCAGCACAACCCGGUGCUGCAGGAGGAGGUCGCACAGCAUCAGUCCGCUGUCGUCGAACUGCUGACGGAGCAUGCGGUGCACGAAGACCUCAUUCUGCUAUUGCUGGCGCUCACAGUGGGUGCCACUCGCCACAUCGACCUCCUUUCUAGCAGGCACUCACUUCGGCAGCAGCUGGACAGUUUGCUGAGCACCUUCAGCCCGGAGCCGAACGCGCUCGUUGCACCUAUUUUCGUGCAACUGAUCAUCAUACACCUUCACCGUAUUGUGCAGUCGCCGUGGCGGCAUCUUCUGAAGGCACAAGCGGUGCUGCAGGACGAGCAGAAGCUCUCGUACCGCGUCCGACGCUACUUUAGCCUCGUGCGCGUGUGUAGUCGGCUCAUGAUCUUCAUCCGGGUACGCCGAUACCGCGCACUCCUGAACGCCAACCGCAUCCCUGAAGCCGGCGUCUAUUCAGUCGAAACACCCAUCCUCACCCCUGCCCAUCACGGGCAGUGGCGCAGCAGUGGAGCCAUGAGCAGCAGCAGCCAAAACGUGAGCUUCGCCUGCAACAGCGGAGUGUGGGUCACCGCUGGCGUCGCCGGCGCUGGAGGACUGGCAAACGCGUCCUUCGUCUCCGGCUGCCACAGUCGCGCGCCGCUAGAUCCCUUGUCGACGAGUCCGGUCAGUGUUGGCGCCACGAUCGGCGUGUGCAGUGGCGAGGAUGAUGGCGCGGCGACUAGCGUAGUGUUACCAACGCCUCAGUCACAGUUUCUGCGUGACGCGUGCGAGCUUGGGUGCAGUCACACUAGUAGCUGUGGCGAUGGUGGCUGCAGAGACGCGACUGAUCUGCCGCUGGAUGAAACACCGUUCGACGACAUUGUAGGCCUUCCCCGUCCUGUGAUGCCGCCCGCCACCGUGUUCAGCAUCCACGGUGAUGACCACAGCAGCAGCGGCGCCGGUGACUCUGGCGACUUUUCACAGUGGAAACCUCCGGUGCUGCUGCCGGAAAUGUGGGCUGAUCUACCACCCUUGCUGCCCCCUCCGACAGCGGGGAUGUCAGCCCCUUCAACACCGCAGGCGUCAGCAACAGCGGCGGCACACGGGUUUACCGCCGCAGCCUCGUCGCCGACGAGCCCACUGGCCGGUCGCGGCGCCGAUGAUGUUCCCGGGCGAACGUGCCACGUCCCCACCGCACACGUCGUAUGCCCGCUGAGUGCGUACCCGAUGCCCCAUCACCUACCCUUAGCGGCACGUGGCACCGACAACUGCGCUGGUGGCGAUGGCGCGGCGGCCUCCAUGGCGGCCUCCGUCAACGCGGUCGAUGCCCAUUUGAAGGAGAUGCCCGCAUUGCGCGUGCACUCGAGCAAGCACCGACGCGCUUUUUCAGUGCUGCGGGUCUCUGUGUUGCUAUGGCUUUCACUGCAGGUGAGACGGUGCCGAUGGGUGUUCACACCUCACUCACUUCCAUACGAGGUGGACUUGAGCCGCCGCCACGCCGGGACGCUGUUCUGCAUCCGCAUGUUGCACCAUUUUGCGUCCAUGUCGAACUACUUUUAUCUGCUUGUGAAUUCGCCAAUGCAGACGGCGGCGCUGAGCUCGCUGGUGGCGUACAUCUCGCGCGCCAUGCUGCUGGAGCAGCUUGACAUGUGGGAUCAGAUGGUCCGCUCGAUGGCGGUUGCGCCGGCGCGAGAGCCUGGGGUGGUGGCGGCGACGGAUCCUGCUGCAGCAGCCACGACGCCGACGACAGCGGAUGAGCCUCAGUCGCCGCCGCUGCCGCUGCCGCAACAACAGCAGCAGGAGGCGAAAGAGACAUCCGUUUCACCGGCUGCGAGCCCACCAGCGAACGACGGCAUUGAGUCUGCGGAAGACACGGAUAGGGACUGGGAGGGGGUGGAGGCGCUGCCGGGUGACUGCAUGGGAUCUCCUUCGCUCGAUGCAACACGAUGCACGUCGAGCGCUGACUCGGCCGUGGUCACUGCGACAAAGCCGAUGGGGCCUUAUCACAGAUCGAGCAGCAACAGCAGCGCGGUUGCCGGCAGCGUCGACCGAGGCAGCGCACAAAAAGGCGAUGAGGCCGAGGUAGAACCGGCACUGCCGCUGUCAGGCCUGCCAGAGACAGUGCUACGACGCCUUGCCCGCCCCGUCUUCAUGACGUUCCGCAGUGCAGGAUCGUCAUCGGCGCAGCUGGACAAGAUGACCGUAUUGGAGUCACCGAAUCCCAGCUUAACACCCCGCAGCGAGGAGCUGGACGACGCCGACGUAGAGAGCGCCGCAGCCCAGGCCCGAUGUCGCGCUACCGUCGAGGAUGGCGAUGCGAGCAUCGUUACGAACGGCUCUUUUGACGUCGUGGGGCUGCCGCGCGUCACGUUGACUCAUGAGCAGCCGAAGCCUCACAGGGAGCUACGGCUGCCGCCCCAGUCACUGGAGCGGCGCGAGAGGGCGUUGCCGCAGCACACAUACACGGGAACCCAGGUGGAUGAGAUCGGCAGUAGCGCUACCGCAGGAGCUACAGCGAUUGUGACAGGGAUAACACCGACAGCGGCGCCAACGGCAACUGCGGCGACAGUGAGGACGGGGGAUUCAAACACAGCCUCGGUAGUGAAACCAGACGCGGGUGGCAACCGUGAUGACGAUGAUGACACCUCCUCUGUGUCGUCUGCGGCGGCCUCGUUGUCUAGCCAUAGCUCCACGGUGUCGUCUAGCUUGAAUCCAAUGUCGGCCUCGCCGACGCUGCCCUCCACUGCCUCUGACGCGAAGAAGACGGUCUCCACCCCGCUCGUGUCGUUCUCGAAUCUGCCAGGCGUGCUUGCCCCCCUGCGCGGUCACGGCCUCUCCGAUGUGUAUGCCAUGAGCAUCGCGCGCAUCAUCGAGUCUGUAGGCGAAGUGAUGCGCCGUGGCGCUGCUAGCAUCCUUCGCACCUUGAUCCGGUCUUCCCUCGACACGCUACCAAUGCCGAACUGGAUCGGCGGUCCCACCUACGGCUCAUGCGGCGGGUUUCUCUUUCAGCUCCUCUUCAUCGUCUCCGCCAAGGCGGCGGCUGGCGACUCGGCGACAACACUCGUGCGCUACUUUUUGCUGUGCGUCGGCAAUGCGGUGAAGGAGCAGAGAGACCGGGAUCUCGUGCAGGUCCCGAACGACGAUCAGGCGCCCUCAUCCUUGAAGGGGGCCGUCUCCGCCAAGGCACCGAUGGCCGGGCUUGGCGGAUCGCCGCUUGGUGCAUUAACAGCGAUCAGGCAUGCACCGAGCAGCAAUGCGUCGCCGCUGCUGCUGGGGCGCCGGACUUCGAUUUUCUCAGAAGCUACCGGGUCGACCACCACUGCCGGUGCAGGAGCGUCGAUGUUUGACAACGACGGGAGGCUUUCCACCAAGGUGCCUUUAGCAUCUGCCGCCCUUCUCGUGACAGGCGUGCCGCCAUCUACGGUAUCCUCCUCUACGGCCGGACGCACUCUUCCCAUCGGCGCUGUUGGUACUGGAGGCAGUGACGAUGGAGGGGCGUGCUCUUCACAGCACGGUGGCGCACCUCUGUCACCAAUGGUGCCUUCGCAGACGCAUGUUUCGACGAACUCAGGGGCGUCGCUGGUGUGGUACCCUGCACCACUGCCGCAGAGCUUCCCCGGCACGGUGAGUGCUGGGCCUGGCAACGAGCAGCCUCAAAACAGAGGCAGCAGCGUGACCACGGCUACCAGUGCCUACUCGGACGUGUUUCUGUUCAACGUAAGCCAUUUCACAGACUUGAUUGUGGACAUGCUCGCUAUCAAUGUGCUGGACCUCCCGAUGACGACGCAUUUCUUUCUGACCCUGCUCGUGCUGGGCCAGGGGUGGCCGAACCGGUACGUGGAUCAGCUCAGCCGGCAGGUGAUGCGGGCGUGCAUCGCGGUUCUGAAUCGACCAUCAACGCAGGACGCCAGCGUCAGCCUUAUCGAGAGCGUCUACACGCUGUCGACCCUGGUGCUGCGUCGCGGGUGGAAGCAUAAGGGGGUCUUGGAGUCGUUGCUCCGGGUACUGUACCGCGUCUUUGUGUCGCUCCCACCGGCGUGGAUGCCGGACGCCGACGCGCGCCACCGCAAGCGUCUUAUUACGCUCAUCUUUCGCCACCUUGUGCAAACCUACGCCGGCACGAAGGAGCUGGAGAAGGCGCUGACGGUGCGCACGCUGACGCAGCGCCUGUCUCUGUACGACGACUUCCUCAUGGUCUUCUCUCUGAACAACGAGGACGAGUGCUGCGCGACCUUUGAGCAAUACUGCAUCGACCAGUUCUCCUCUAUCGACACACUCAUGUCGAGCCGCCUGAAAGCCAAGACAGACCUUGCUUUCAAAGCCAGCAUCAAGACGCGCAGCGAGUACAUUAAGCGCAUCAAGACCUUCGACGGCCAAUACAGACAGGCCAUGGAGGUGCCGGAGCGCUAUCGGCGCGCUGCCCUGCGUGUGGCGUACACGUCCCGCUUCUCCUCUUUUGUGGCCACGACACCGCACGUAGACUCAUCGCAGCUACACUGGUUGCUUUCCUCCACGUGGGCGCUGCGCGAGAACCACACGAUGUCGCGCGCGACGCCGUGGCGCAAGCUGGUGACAGCGAAUGGGACGGCGGCCGACAGCAGUGCGAUUGCCGGAACGACUGCCAACCGAAUCAACGCCGGUGACAGUGCAGAGGACACGCUUUACCACUUCAUGGAUCCGCAGAUGAACUAUGGGGCGCUGCAAGGGGUGCGAUGGGGCGGAAGGCGCGCUUCGCAGACGCCCAUGGAAAAGACGGCAAUGAGAGUCACGACGGCAUGUGGCACACCCGGCCACAUCGGCGGUAGCGACGCCAGCAACACCAAUGUAGCGGAGGGGAGGGAUGGAGGUCCGAUGAGCGCCCAUAGCGCGUUACCUCGAAUCAAGAUAGUUGACAAGGUAGCGGGAUCGGAAGCAACAAAGGCAAUGGAAGAGCAUCCGCCGAAGAACGACUUGGUUCAUGCUGCGCAAUGCGAGGAGCUCGUCCACCACAUCGCCGUGCUGGUGCCACCCCUCAGCACCCACUGCCGCCCGUACAUCGGCGAUGAGGCCUUCCCUGCGGGGCUGAGGGAAUUGCCGAUCACGCUCACACCGUCCGCGAUAACGCUGCUGCGCUACUUGGUGGCACCGCACGAGACGGUGCGCUUUCUCAGUAACGGCUUCCGCAUCAACGGUAUCCACACCACUCCAUGUCUCAUCCUGCUUACGAACGUGACCCUAAAGGUGAUUGGUUUCUCACGCGUGACGGAGGCCGGAGACAUCAUCCUGUGCGAGAACGAAGUUGACGACGACGAUGCGCACAGCCGCAGCGCGGCCAGCGAGUCGAGCAUCAACACCAACAGUACUCUUCGCCACCACCAGGAUGUCGGCAGCCUUUCCAAUGACAGCAAGUGGCCCCUGGCAAAGUCGACGCGCAGGAAUCCAUUCAGCGUGGCGUCGAUGACAAGGCAACUGCAGAAACUGUUCUCUGACAAGUCGACAAAGCGCCGUCAGCAGCAAGACGGCACACGUGUUGCACACGCGGUGCGGCAAGUGAUGGGCUGUAACUACCAGAACAUCUACUGGACCUACUUGGUCAGAUCUAUCCGCGCGGUGCGCUUGCUGCACUACAUGCACCUCGACACUGCUGUGCAACUGCAGCUCUACUACGACAACGGCCCAAUGCUGUCGGUGGUGGACGCGAAGCAGUCAAUGAACCCGUCUGCGAGAAAGGAGUUCAUCAAGGUGCUGAAAAACGUCGUGGGUACCCAGCAGUGCACCUUCAUGGACGAAGGGCAGCGAGCGGCGAGCAUGAGGGCGCGCCUGGUGCGGUGGGCGACGGGGUCACUUUCGAACUACGAAUACCUUCGCUUCUUGAACGAGGCGGCGGGGCGGACGAACCGCGACCUGAACCAGUACCCCGUCUUUCCGUGGGUGCUGGCCGACUACACGAGUGCCACGCUCGACUUGGAAGCUGCCUCGACCUUUCGCGACUUCGCGUACCCGAUGGGGGCGCAGACGGAGUCACGGCGCGCCACUGUCGCGCGGCUCUUCGAGGGCACACGCGAGUUGUGCGACGCGGACACCGGCAAGUUCUACCCGUUCCACCACGGCACUCACUACUCCACCAGCGGUGGCGUACUCUACUUUCUCAUACGGGUGCAGCCCUUCACAACCUACGCGCGCCUUUUCCAAGGUGGCGACUUCGACCUCGCUAUGCGGCUGUUCGACUCCGUCGCCGCGUCGUUCACCUCGUGUGUGACAGGGCCGGCGGACUGCAAGGAGCUCAUCCCGGAAUUUUACGUGAACAGCGGAUUCCUGGCCAAUGCAGAUCACCUUAACCUCGGCACCAAAUCAGACGGCCAGGCAGUCGAUGAUGUGCGGCUCCCUCCGUGGGCGAAGAACUCACGCCAGGUCUUCACUGCCGUGAUGCGCUACGCGCUGGAGUGUCCCUACGUUGUCGCGCAUCUGCACCAGUGGAUCGACCUCAUUUUCGGUGUGCGUCGGCGUGGCCCGCUCGCGCUGGAGCGGUACAACGUGUUUCAGCGCAUGACGUAUGGCGAGGAGGUGGUGCAGGCGCUGAAAAACGCCGAGACGCCCCACGAGUGCGAUGUCAUUAUUGCCGAGGUGGACAACUUCGGUCAGACGCCGCUGCAGCUCUUCCAGGAGCGUCACCCCUCUCAUCAUGAGCUGGCACCUGUUGUGAAGGUUUCGCCAGCGGACGGCAGUCUCCUGGGCGUUGGCGGCGGCGUUAUGGCAUCUUCAGACGGCCACGGCAGCGGCGGUGGCGGCUCAGCGGCGGCGGCAGGGGCGGGAAGCCAGGUUGGGGUCACCUCCAGCAAUCUGCUCUCCUCCGGCUCCUUCGCCAGCGGGCAGACAUACACGCAAGCGUUCUACCGCGAGGCGCCGAAGGUGGUUUGGAUGCUGAUUCAUGCAGUGGACGCGACCCAGACCUGGUUUCUGCUGCGAGACCCGCCAGGCAGUGUGCUGCAGCACCCACCGCCCUCGGCGCUGACGGAGAUGUUUGGCUUCAGCAGCGAAGCCGUGCUACACUUCAGCAUGCUGCGUACCUCCAAGAAACUCGCGUGUGCGUACGCCCAGCUCGUGCCCGUGGCGGACACGGACUACUACCUGUGCUGGCAUGAGCGUGAGGCGCAGCUCAUGCGCUACACGACCGACCUGGCUGCCUUUCACUCCGCCGUCUCUUUUCAUCCGCGGGACGAGAGCAGCUCCCGCAUCAGCGCUGUCGCCGUUGGCCCGCGUGAGUCUGUCCUGCUUGUUGCCAUCAGCACCGGCGCGGUGUACUGCCUCUUUCCCGACGACACCGGCGAUGGCGCGCUCCACGUGCGCGGGACGCUGUGCUACCACCGUUCACCCGUUACAAAGAUCGCGCUAGACUCGAGGAGGCAUCGCGCCGUCACCAUCACCAACUCCGGCGGCGACGACGAGCCCAUUCUAUGGCGCGUGCAGCGAAGCGGGUGCUGCUUUGUGUGUCGCCUACAAGUCGAGCAGCUUCUACCGACGCCGGCGCGCGCCUUGAUGUCGCCGACUAGGGAGAUGACGGCCGACGCUACCGAAGCGCGCACCGUCGUGGACGUCGCGAUUGACAGCAUCUCGGGCAACGUGGCACUCGUAACCGCCCGCUCGCUGCUGCUCUUCGACAACAACGGUGAGCAGUUUGGCGCGGGCACGUUGCCGUCGCCAAACUCCCUCCACCCGGUGGGCACUGUCACGCUCGAGGACGAUAACGGUGAUGUUGGCGUGGUGGUCAGCCGCCCUGUGCUCUGCAUGGCAGACAUCACGGCCGUCGCCUUCUAUCAAACAAGUGAAUGGGCUGCUGGCAUGGGGGUACUCCUUACCGGGCACAGGGACGGCAGCCUCUCUGCAUGGCGCACGACGCGGCUGCCGCCGCACACGGUUGCCCCUGGUAAGAUCGCCAUGGUUGAAUUCCACACCCGGCUUUUCAGCGGCGCAGCGGCGCCGACAGCAGCGGUCACUGCAGCUGGCUUUGCAGGGCCGCAGGAUGCGGCGGUAGCGACGGCGGCUGCCGGUACGUCAGCAAUCCCCGCUGGCGCUGGCACAACCAGCUGUCCAGUGACGGCGUUGCAUCAAGAAAACGCAGACGUGCCGACCUUCCUGGUGGGUUACGCCAACGGAACUGUGCGGCAGCUUGUUUUUGAGGAUCCCGCUCUAUCCUAUUUGGGCGUUAGCAGCAGUGGCGCUGGCGCUGGGGCUGCCGGUGGAAGCAGCGGCGGCAGCGGAAAUGCCGGGGAUGACCGCAAUCAGCGUCGCUGA